UACUUGUUCGACAACGACUUAUUUCAGUCGCGUGUCCAGCCGCCAAAGACCGUAAAUAAUUAAUGAUAUUACGUACGCAUACGUAUAAAAAAAGUUUGUCGAUUGUAAAAGUAGUCGCAAAAAAUUACUCGCCAGAAGUAAUAUGCUGAAUUAUUUUCUACCAUGAGUGAAAUUCGCUGAGUUGGAGUAAUAUAAUGAUUCAGUCAACUGUCAAAACGAUAUUAGUUCUCAACUGGAAGAUCCUCACAAUUCACUGAUCAUCUUUAAAAAAAGAUUAGAGCUCGCAUUUCGAUCAUAAUGAAAGAUCCGAACGACACCGACGCUUCGGAAUGGACCGAUUUGUCCGACUCUACAAACGGCCAGCAAACGGCUUUAACCUCCCUGAAACAAAUACUCGUUGGAAAAGUAUUCGUCGGAGAAUACGUAGAGCGACACUACGUAGAUUUCCUUUCCACAUACAGAGAUUUGGUCGUUGUGAACACUGAUGAAGCAGAUUUUUCAACUGCUUUAAUACAAGCUACAAGAAUGACUCGUGAGACUUACGGACGAAGUUUAUGGUUUGGUGUAACUGAUAACGAACAUGAUGGAACGCCAAAAGGUUACUGCCUCUGGGUGAACCUCUUCCAAAUACCUCUGGGUAAACACUGGUUUCAAAUACAGUCGGUUGACUUGUACCAAAGGGAAAUAUGUCUGAGAUUAAAACACCUGCGAUCAUUUCAUGCUGAAAACAGCCAGACCUCUAAAGGGGAGCCAGUUUCGUCUGAGCUUUUAGAGAAUUUUGAUCUACACAAGUUUUUCCAGGAGCUCGAAUGGUCUCAAGUGCGAAAUUUCGUAUUACAUCUAUUGGUUGACGCAUCUGCCUGGUGCAUACUGAAUGUUAAGAAUGUAUUGACGUAUGAGAACAUUCGGGAGACCGUCAAAUUUUGUUCAGUAUUGAUCCUGGUCGUGGUGACUUUCCUGAUAGAAGCUUUCAAGUUCCUGUGUGACUACAGUUUGAAAUUAAUUCGAGAAUUGUCAAACGUAAUUCGGUCGACAACACCCAUAACUAUGGGAAUUAUUGAAUUCUUCACCAAAUGUGUUGGUGGAUUUUAUUUGUUACUCGUCAUGUUGUGGCGAGGUUCGACAGGACCUCCAAUCCCUCCUAAUGCGAUAUCGGCAUCAUUCAAUGCAAAUAAUGGCUGGUCAGGCCACAAAGCAAUUAAAUAUCCUUCCCAAGCUCAAAACCGAUACGCAUAUGGGCAAAGAGUUCCUCAACCUCGUGGAAGAUUUAGUGAUUACUGAUUUGAAAAUUAUUUUCUGCGCAUUAAUAUUUGUCUUCAGAUUACUUUCUCAGUAGUGAUGAAUCGUCGUAUUCUGCAGGUUUUAUUUACCAAAAUAAAUUGUAUAUAAAAUCAACAGUGACGAAUGAUAGAAAUGCAUGGUUCUUACUAUUGUCCCUGGAUUAAGCUUCAAAGACUGAUGAUUUGUGUUUGCAAUUAUCAACUUCUAUUCUCGGUAAAGAGUAGAACUGGUACUGUAUUUAAUCUGCGCUAUAUAGGUAUAUAUAUUUUUGUUUUUAUAAUGGAAUGAUAAGAAUUGUUGGAUAUUUAUGGAAUUGUACAGGCCAUCGCAUGUUAUUACCUAUUUAUAUAUAUCGAGAAAUCACUCGAUCGAAAAAAUAGUAGUUAUUUCUACAAAGAACCAAUUUAAAUUUCUUUAUUAUUUCGAGUGAGUCUACAGCAGUAUUGUGAAAGAUUAAUCAUUAAUAAUUGUAAAACGAAUAUACGAAAUAAAAGUUUAACGUUGGUGAUAA